AAAUGAACGCGACCCGUUUGCCUUGACAGACCCACAACAAAAACGGAAAGAAAAAAAAAAACAUCGAGUUCCGUCUAUGUGUCAUUGACAGGAGGAGGAGGAUGGUCAGGCUGAAGGUCCUGCUGCAGGGCGUCAUCCUCAUCGUCCUGACGGCCUGCCUGGUGCUCCUCUUCAGCUUCAAGGACCACCGAGUGCCCCGAAAUGCCUCCUCGGCGUCCGCCUCCCUGGUGGCCAAGCUGGAGGGCGACCCCAGAGAAGGAGACGACGAGGACGACGUCCUCCUCCAGAGGGAGGACGAGGAGCCCGUCCCCCUCGACUACCAGGAGAACGACCUCCUGUACAGGCCGCCCCUCGACGUGGCGCUGAUUUUCACGCACGCCAGAGGCAACCUGCCCCUGCAGUACAAACUGAAAGUGGCCGUGGGGUCGCUCCUGCGGCAGGCGUCGGCGCCCCUCCGGCUGCACCUCAUCACGGACGAGGACGGCUUCCACAUCGCCUCCCGGAUCAUCAACGACGUCCAGUCCUCCAGCAGGCUGGACUCCCGAUAUGUGAAGCUUGUUUAUGUGUCAGCAGAAGACUUCAUACCUGAAAUUGAAGAGUCAGUGAAGGUUUUACAAGACUAUUUCACUACCAGGAGGCAUGCCUAUUAUAGGGACGCGCUUUUCUUCUUUUCCGUUCAUCUAUACAGACUUCUUCCUGGUCUAGAUAAAGUGAUAUUAAUGGAUAUUGAUGUUAAGGUUAAAGGUGAUGUUGCAGAAUUGCAUUCGCACUUCAACCGUUUCAGCCACACAAACGUUAUUGGUAUGGCAUACGAACAGUCUCCAGUGUAUCGGCACUUGCUCUCCCUUUAUAGAAGGCAUCAUCCAGAAACUUUGUUAGGUAGCCCUCCUGGAGAAGGGGGAUUCCCCGGUUACAAUAGUGGGGUCGUCUUAGUCGAUAUCCAGAAGCUUCGACAAUCGUCUGUAAUACGGAGCUAUUUGGAAAAGGCAAAACUUCUCGAGAGGAGCAAUCAUUACAGCUUUCAAGGUCAUCUUGGUGAUCAAGACUUGUAUACUCUCAUAGCCUUCGAUUAUCCAGAUCUCUUCUAUACGUUGCCUUGUGGAUGGAAUCGACAACUCUGUGACUGGUGGAAAAAUCAUGGUUAUCAGACUAUUUUUGAUCAGUAUUUCAAUUGUACAACGGAAUUCAAUAUCAUUCAUGGCAACUGUAAAACAGAAAUACCUGAUAAUUUGUGAUGCUUUAAGAAUGUGCCAUGGUGGUGACCAGUAAUGUAAUUUUUUAAACUAAAUCUUAUAGGCUGUGCACGCUUCCUUGAGUGUGAUAAAAGAUUUCUUAAAACUUUUGCGUUCUUGUUACCACAUUUCUGUUGGUAUGGUGUACUCUCAAGUCAAAUUUUAAUGAUUUUUAUACCUCAAGUGCUUAGUAAAGAAAGUGCAAUAUACCCAGACCAAGGGCAGCUCAAAUAUUUAUGAUGUACUUUUAUACACUUGUUAAAUUAAUAUAAUUUUUUUACCAUGCACAAAAGAUUUAUUCAGCUGAGAAGUUAGUGAGAGUGGUAUUCUCCUGUGAGGCACAAGAUAUGAUUCCUAGUGGGUAAUGGAAUUAAAUUUCUGUAUAGCAGACUUUUUGUGGUCCAGUGAUAGUGGUACUGUGGUAUGAGGCACCAGAUGUGAUUUGUUUUGUAGUGGGUAAUGGAUGUGAGUGAUUGAAGUUUUGGACACAUUUGUUGCAUGCUGAAUGGUUUUAAAGUUUGAGAGUGAGGUUAGUUGACGUCUUCAGCUUUUAUGCUUGUAAGUUUUAUAGAUGCCAGAAAUCUGAAGAAUUUCUCUAAUUUUUGUAUCUACUGUACAUUGUAUACAUAAGAAUUUUAUUCUUUGGACUAGUAUUUUUGUGUAUGGAAUAGUAAUUAUUUUUUAUGCUUUAUUUUUUAGAAAGUGUACAAAGGAUUUAGCUCUGUGAGACGCAGCAGUUGUUAAAAUUGCACCUUAAUGUGUAUAUUAAUCUGUAUAAUACAGAAAAUAAAGUUCCAAGCACA